GUGGCCCCAGAGAUGUCGGUGGUGGGGGAAGCAAAGAGAAGGUUGGAAAAGCUUGUAGGCAAAUUUGCGCUUGGGUUCCUGGUCCUUGCAGCCUUCCUGCCUUGAGUGUGGAAGAACACUUUUUUUUUUUAAGACUCAGCGUGGAGAGAAAGCCUCCGUCCCAGGGGAGGAGAAACGUGUGCAGGGGGCAGAAACUGCAGCUACCUGCCGGGCGCGCCCCCCCACCACCACCACAGGCGCGCUCGCUUUUGUCCCCCCUUUCUCUCCCGCCCCCACCUCCUUAUUGGUGCUGGUUUGCAGCGCUCGGCUCCUGCGCCUUUGCUUCGCAUUUGAAUCUGGCUCGCCCCUCCGUAUUAUGUCUGCACUCCGAAGGAAAUUUGGGGACGAUUACCAGGUAGUGACCACCUCGUCCAGCGGCUCGGGCUUGCAGCCCCAGGGCCCGGGCCAGGGCCCGCAGCAGCAGCAGCUUGUGCCCAAGAAGAAGCGGCAGCGGUUCGUGGACAAGAACGGCCGGUGCAAUGUCCAGCACGGCAACCUGGGCAGCGAAACGAGCCGAUACCUCUCGGACCUCUUCACCACCCUGGUGGACCUCAAGUGGCGCUGGAACCUCUUCAUCUUCAUCCUCACCUACACCGUGGCCUGGCUCUUCAUGGCGUCCAUGUGGUGGGUGAUCGCCUACACUCGGGGCGACCUGAACAAAGCCCACGUCGGCAACUACACGCCCUGCGUGGCCAAUGUCUAUAACUUCCCUUCCGCCUUCCUCUUCUUCAUCGAGACCGAGGCCACCAUCGGCUAUGGCUACCGUUACAUCACCGACAAGUGCCCUGAGGGCAUCAUCCUCUUCCUCUUCCAGUCCAUUCUCGGCUCCAUCGUGGACGCCUUCCUCAUAGGCUGCAUGUUCAUCAAGAUGUCCCAGCCCAAGAAGCGCGCGGAGACCCUUAUGUUUAGCGAGCACGCGGUGAUCUCUAUGAGGGACGGAAAACUCACGCUCAUGUUCCGAGUGGGCAACCUGCGCAACAGCCACAUGGUCUCCGCGCAGAUCCGCUGUAAGCUGCUCAAAUCUCGGCAGACACCUGAGGGUGAGUUCCUUCCCCUUGAUCAACUUGAACUGGAUGUAGGUUUUAGUACAGGGGCAGAUCAACUUUUUCUUGUUUCCCCCCUCACGAUUUGCCACGUGAUCGAUGCCAAAAGCCCCUUUUAUGACCUAUCCCAGCGAAGCAUGCAAAGUGAACAGUUCGAGAUUGUCGUCAUCCUAGAAGGCAUUGUGGAAACAACUGGGAUGACUUGUCAAGCUCGAACGUCAUACACUGAGGAUGAAGUUCUUUGGGGUCAUCGUUUUUUUCCUGUGAUUUCCUUAGAAGAAGGAUUCUUUAAAGUUGAUUACUCCCAGUUCCAUGCAACCUUUGAAGUCCACCCCCCUUACAGUGUGAAAGAACAGGAGGAAAUGCUUCUUAUGUCAUCCCCAUUAAUAGCACCAGCCAUAACUAACAGCAAAGAGAGACAUAAUUCUGUGGAGUGCUUAGAUGGACUUGACGACAUUAGUACCAAACUUCCAUCUAAGCUGCAGAAAAUUACUGGAAGAGAAGACUUUCCCAAAAAACUCUUAAGAAUGAGUUCUACAACUUCUGAAAAAGCCUACAGCUUGGGAGAUUUGCCCAUGAAACUUCAGCGAAUAAGUUCAGUACCUGGCAACUCAGAGGAAAAACUGGUAUCUAAAACCACCAAAAUGUUGUCUGAUCCCAUGAGCCAGUCAGUGGCUGAUUUGCCACCAAAGCUUCAAAAAAUGGCGGGAGGAGCAACCAGGAUGGAAGGGAAUCUUCCAGCAAAAUUAAGAAAAAUGAACUCUGAUAGAUUCACAUAACGAAACACCCCUCCAGACAUUAUUUACUGUUUGAUUUAGUAAUAGUCCAAUAUUUGGCUGAUGAGAUAAUCCCCUCUAAGAAAUAUGAAAGGUACAUUUCCCCCUACCCCAGUCAUAUAUGCAUAUUUGAGAACCUUCCUUUUCAAGUAUUGCUCCUGUGAAGAAAGCAAAAGUUGUGAAGGGAGAACGUCAUAAGGAAGUUCUUAUUAACGGGCAUGUAUUAUCACAUCAAGCAUGCAAUAAUGUGCAAAUUUUGCAUUUAGUUUUAUGGCAUGAUUUAUAUAUGGUAUAUUUAUAUUGUAUAUUCUAAAAAAAUGUAUAUAUAUAUAUAUAUACAUAUAUAUAUUUAAAGGGGUGGUACUCUCCACAACAUUUCUAAUAUACGUAUUAAGCCAAACAUGAGUUGAUAGCUUUCAGGGUGAUAAACAUAUAUAUGUGUGUGUGUGUGUAUACAUAAAACCAUGUACAAAAUUAUGUAUACAUACACACACAUAUAUACAUAAUAUAUACACACACAUACACGUACAUACAUAUUUAUCUGAUAAAAUUGUGAUGUUUUGUUCAAAGUUGUAGUUUUUGUGCAUGUUUGCUUUAUUAGGCUAGGAUGGCUUCUGGAUUAAUUAUUAAUACCAAAUAUUUUAGCCUUAACUUAUUUGUCAUUUUAAAAUCUGAUUUAAUGUUUUCUGCUGUUUAAGGUCUUGAAAGGUUUUCAACUGUACUUUAUAUGAGGGAGUCACACAAGUCUGUGCUAUUUCUGGCCCUGCAAAAAUAUAACAAUUAAUAUAUAUCUAACUUGUAAAUUUUAAACAUACCGAUACACUGAAAAUUUCUUAUAAUUUUUAAAAGUUGCUAGUACUGGGGAAAAAUAAACACUUCUUAUUUUGAAAGUUGGUCCUUUCCUGGACUGAUUAAAGUCUGGGAAUCUCUUUUGUAUAUGAUCUACUACAAAUAUGAGCUCUGAACAAACGCUGAAUCAUUGUAUUAGUCAGUAGCCAAGUUAUAUUGAAUAUAUUGUAAUCUGUGUGAAAUUUCAUAAUUAAUGGUCCCUAUUUCAACUGCGUUAAUUGGUAACAUUUUUACUCUUUUUCUUGAACUUUUGUUAUUUUAAAAACCAGUCAUUUAUCCUUGAGGAGACAAAACAAUACAAUGAAAAUGAUGAUAAAUAUUUAUGAGUAAAAUAUGUAUAUCUAAUUGAGUCUCUUUUUUUAUGCCAUUCUCUUGUUUGUGGCAUCUGUUAUAGCAGAACCCUUUUUUUCCUUACCUGGGGAACCUGUCUCCUUCCAUGCCUGUCACUCAAUUCAGAAGGAAUGUUUUGUAUAUACCCGAGAGAAUUUUAAAUCAGAUAACUUGAAGAUAUUUUACCCAUGUGAGUUUUUUUUUCCUUUGUUUGUUUUGGUAAAUACUCUGUUUGUAUCCUAGAUCUCUGGCCUAACAAAAUAAUUUUAGCAGUACUGUUAUUUGAACCCAAAGUUCUGAUAUUUAUGACUCAUUAGUCAGAAUCAAAAUUAUUCCUCAGAAGAACACAUGCAAAAUAAAAAUUUGGAGUGCAGAGAUUUUUAUGAAAAUUUACAAGUGUUCCUUAUCAGAAUAUCAUGGAUUUUCCUAUAAAACUUCUUUGGGCAUUAUAAUCUAAUUCUGUCCAAAAUUAAUAUAUUUCUCCUCAUAAAUAUGUAAAUCCUUAAUAGCUGGAUUGGGCUCCCAUCAUUUCCCAUCUUUCAGCAAUCCUGUGAUGAUUUUCAUAUUGGAAAAUUAUUACAUCAGCAGUUCUACAGUACUAUCAUUGACUAUAAUAAUACCUUCUGGCUACCUCUAUCAAAUUCUGCAGGUGCAAAUAUAUACCAGGGAAUUGUUACUGACAAAAUGAUCAACCUUGAGUAUCCAUCCACUGUGAACAGAGCUGGCUGCCCUACCCCUUACCCCCAAACUUGCUUAUUUGCUAGAUAUAGGGGAUGAAAUAGUAGCAGAGGGAGAAGGGGGUCCAGGGCACACAGUUUAUUUAUUAUCAGUGGAAGAAACUGCAUAGAUCAUUUAGUCCAACCACUUAAAACUAAACAGAGCCAUAAUUUAAUUUGGAGAGUCAUUUUCAUUUGUUUUUGGCACCAAGGAGAAUAUGGGACCAAAAAUAAGCUCUCCAAAUACAUUUAUUCAUUCACUCAACAAAAUGUGUGCAUGUCUUUUAUGUUCUAGGCAUUUUUAUUUAGCUCCUGUGGAUUUGGAUAUGACCAAGUCGGCAGGGGUCGCUGCCCAUUCAAAUACCACCUAUCAGUAGGAGAGUGGGGAAGGGGAGGCAAAAAAAUGACACAAUUUCAGAGAGUGAAAAUAGCAGUUAAGGGAAGGAAAGCAAGGUAACAUGAUGGAAAAAGACUGCAUAAAAUAAAAAUUGAUCAUUUUUGAAGUGACUGGGUUAGGGAAGGGGUGAAAUUUGAACAGAGACCUGAAUGAUGAGAAAGAACCACUGUUGCCAAAUUUAUUUUUCUUAGUGAAUGCUAUUCCUUUAUCUUUCCCGCAUUUGUGUGGGAAAGGUAUGAUCUCUGCAUGUAAUUGCAGUUUAAGCCCUAUCUGUCAGUUGAACAUAGGUCCAGAUUUACCCAGGAGAUUUCCAGUUUAUAGCUGUUGUACCUGUGUAAUUAUUAACAGUACUCCUUUGACUCUUAUCAUGUCCUGGUUUGGAUGGUAUAUUAUAUGGUGACUCUACGUUUUUGUUGAAACCAACGAAGUUAUGAAGUCUGAUAUAUUUGGAUAAAAAUAAAGAAUUGCUUUUUCUUCUCAC